UUCCGCGAUCUGUCGUCGUUUGUCCGUGUGUAGCUAUCGUGUUUCUUUUCGGCAAUAUAAUUUUUCUCCCGACAAAUUUAACAUCGUAUUUAUAACCAUUCCAAGCACCAGAGCACUUUUUUUUUCUCCACACAAAAUACUCUUCACGUCGAUAUUUCACGUUUAUUUUUAUUUUCCCCCUGCAAGUCUCGUAGGCGACGGAAUCAUGGCAAGUGCACUGGCGGCUAGUAUCCGUGAGUACGAUUUUUCCGUCCGUCCGACGUUUGUAAACAAUUGUGUGUAAACGUUCAGCGUCUAAUCCAACUUGGAAUCGCUUCUUUUUACGCGUACGCGUCAUUGAAAUUGUUGUCAUUCGUUGAAUUCGAGCAAUACAUUUACGCAAAGCACAACAGUAUUCCUGCUUCUUUUAAAUACAACUUAUUUUCCUUUUUAUUUUAAGACAUCCGACUGUUAUUUAUUUCUCCGAAUAUUUAAAAGCAAUCAGUUCACAAGGUUAAUCUCCCACAUGUCGUAUCGCGACGCACGCAAUAAAAGAGCAAUUUCACGCGCAGAGAGGCAGUUGAAGUUUCAUACAUAGCCGUGCACAGUAAACGCCUAGAAACAUCUGCCUGACAUCUGAGCAAUUAAAAGACUAUCAUUAUUUUAUUCCUGUGGUCUUACGAGCAAACAUAAACCUCUCGAGCACAUACACGCGCACUCACGCGCACAUUAGCUAUAUCAAGCAUCCUUGAAGGACCAUCUCCAAAAAAAGAGCCUGAUCGACGCAGUGGAAGAAUGGGCCUCUUGUUUGCUCUAUUGAAUCUCCUUGUGUCUUUCUCCCUCACUGUGGCCUCACGCAAUACAACCGCAGGUUGUGCUAUCAUUCGCCCGCCAAGAGAUGGAGGGAUCAGAUACAGGGGUCUGACCCAAGAACAGAUCCGUAGCGUUCAGGUAUUGCCGGUGGAUUAUGAGAUCGAGUACAUCUGCAGAGGGAACAGAGUGAUUGUGGGGCCAAAGGUCAGGAAGUGUCUCCCUGACGGCACCUGGACUGACCUCAACCAGCGCAGCAGAUGUUUACUGCCAUGUCCAAGAGUGUGGACAUCUCUAGAGAAUGGGCGAGUGACUGUGCAUCCUCCUGGCCCAGCAGUGGAAGACACCAUACUUCAUUACAGCUGUCUGGAGGGCUUCAUACUGGUGGGCAGAAACAGCACACACUGCACUAAACUGGGCAAGUGGGACUCGCCCAAACCCAUCUGCCACUAUGACAGACAUUAUACAGGCAAGAAGAAACUCUACAUCGGAGCCCUGUUCCCUAUGAGCGGCGGAUGGCCAGGUGGACAAGCUUGUCUCCCUGCUGCCCAAAUGGCCCUGGAUCUGGUGAACAAGAGAACGGAUAUUCUACCGGAUUAUGAGCUUGAAUUAAUCCACUAUGACAGUAUGUGUGAUCCAGGAGAGGCCACUAAACUGCUCUACGACCUGCUGUACACAGAGCCCAUAAAGAUCGUCCUGAUGCCGGGCUGUAGUUCUGUGUCCACACUGGUGGCUGAAGCUGCUCGCAUGUGGAACCUCAUUGUGUUGUCCUAUGGCUCCAGUUCUCCAGCCCUCUCCAACCGUCAGCGCUUCCCCACCUUCUUCCGCACGCACCCCUCCGCCACAUUGCACAACCCCACGCGCGUACAGCUCUUCCAGAAGUGGAAGUGGACCAAGAUCGCCACCAUCCAGCAGACUACCGAAGUUUUCACCUCUACUCUGGAUGAUCUAGAGCAGAGGGUGAAGGAGGCAGGUAUUGAGAUCAGCGUGAGACAGAGUUUUCUCACAGAUCCUGCUGUCGCCGUCAAGAAUCUCAAGCGCCAAGAUGCACGCAUCAUUGUGGGUCUGUUUUAUGAAACAGAAGCCAGGAAAGUGUUUUGUGAGGUCUAUAAGGAGAAGCUGUAUGGGAAAAAGUAUGUGUGGUUCCUGAUUGGCUGGUAUGCUGACAACUGGUUCAAGAUCAAGGAUCCAUCAAUCAACUGCACCGUGGAGCAAAUGACGGAAGCUGUGGAGGGACAUGUCACCACGGAGAUUGUGAUGCUCAAUCCCGAGACAGUUCGAGGAGCCUCCAACUUGACCUCACAGGAGUUCUUAGCACAGCUGAUGUCCAAGCUGGGCGGAAAAAAUCCAGAGGAGACUGGUGGUUUCCAGGAAGCUCCUUUGGCAUAUGAUGCAGUGUGGGCCCUUGCUCUGGCACUCAAUAAGACUGUGGGGCCCUUAAAGGCAAAAGGGCGCAGGUUGGAAGACUUUAAUUACAAUAACAAGGACAUCACAGCCGAGAUCUACCGAGCCCUCAACACCAGCUCCUUCGAGGGAGUUUCGGGUCAUGUAGUGUUUGAUGCGCAGGGCUCCAGAAUGGCAUGGACCCUCAUCGAGCAACUGCAAGGAGGAAGCUACAAGAAGAUUGGUUACUAUGAUAUGACCAAAGGCAAUCUCUCUUGGUAUGGCAAUGACAGGUGGAUAGGUUCUGGUCCACCUGCCGAUCAGACAGUGGUCAUACAAAAGUUCAGAUAUCUCUCACAAAGACUCUUCGUUUCCGUGUCAGUUUUCGCCGGCUUGGGCAUAUUAAUGGGGAUCGUUUGUCUCACCUUUAACAUUUACAACAGCAAUGUCAGGUACAUUAAAAACUCUCAGCCAUACCUGAAUAACAUGACUGCAGUAGGCUGUAUGAUGGCUCUGGCUGCUGUUUUUCCUCUGGGAAUUGAUGGACUACAUGUACGGAACUCCCAGUUUCCUGUUGUCUGUCAGUUCCGUUUGUGGCUGCUCGGACUUGGCUUCAGUUUGGCCUAUGGCAGUAUGUUCACAAAGAUUUGGUGGGUCCACACUGUGUUCACAAAGAAGGAUGAGAAGAAAGAUAAGAGAAAACAGCACCUGGAGCCCUGGAAGCUCUAUGCCACUGUUGGGGUUCUGCUUGUUAUCGACAUCCUGUCCCUCAUGAUUUGGCAAAUCGUGGAUCCCUUGCACAUCACAGUGGAGAAGUUCACUAAAGAAGCACCUAAAGGGGACGUGGAUCAGUUGAUUGAACCGUUGCUGCAGCACUGUAGUUCAGAGAAGAUGAACACAUGGCUCGGAGUUGUGUACGGCUAUAAGGGCCUGCUGUUGCUCCUGGGUAUUUUCUUGGCUUAUGAGACCAAAUCUGUGUCCACUGAAAAAAUAAACGAUCAUCGAGCUGUCGGGAUGGCCAUCUACAAUGUCUCUGUGUUGUGCAUGAUUACCGCUCCUGUCACGAUGAUUCUGUCGUCUAAGCAGGACGCCUCGUUCGCUUUUGCCUCGUUGGCCAUCAUCUUCUCCGUCUACAUCACUCUAGUUGUCCUCUUCGUCCCCAAGAUGCGGAGGCUUAUCACCCGUGGCGAGUGGCAGUCAGACCAGCAGGAAACCAUGAAGACCGGCUCAUCCACCAACAACAAUGAUGAAGAGAAGUCUCGCCAGCUGGAGAGAGAGAACAAAGAGCUGCAGAAGAUCAUCCAGGAGAAAGAGGAACGUGUAUCAGAGCUUAGAAAUCAGCUGUCAGAGAGACAGGCCCUCCGUUCCCGGAGACGCCCGUCCUCCUCCAAUAAGAACCACAGCUCUCCUCCUCUCCCGACUUCUCAGAAUGAUCCCAAAUCUCUCCUCCCUCCGCCAGGAUACCCUCUUCCUGCUUCAGACAACCACUCCCUCCCUCCCACCUUCUCUAACUCCUCCAACCUUUACCAGCCCGACGGCAAGAUCAACCGCAACAAUUGUAACCCCAGCCGACUGCAGCUCCUCUACAAGUGAUCCUAGACACAGAGGAGACACAAAGUGGAAAUUCAAGUGGGACCAUGGCAAAGUAAAAAGUGGGGAAGCUACCUUGAUUUGCCAUCCAAGUUCCCUAUUUCCACUCAGCAGACUACUUUUGUUUCUUUGUUUGUUUCUUUUGUUUCCUACACACUCACUGUUUCUCACGGGUGGUUUUAUUGACAAGGAGUCUUGAGAAUCUGGUGUUGAUUGAAUCAUCGAUUUGUCACCAUAUUUGAAAGCCUCACAGGCCGUGAUAACCAGUACAUUGUUCAAAUGACUAAUCCUCAGCUGUUUUUGCUUCUAAAAAUUGUGUAUGAAGAAUGACUUGCUAAAAAACAUCCUUACAGAAGCAUCUUGGUUAAUAGUGGAUUACACGAAGGGGCCGUUCACACAGGAUUUGCUGUUGUGCCCUGCUGAAAAGAUCAGCAUUUGUUGUGUUUUGGGUGCUGGUCCCCCGCAUUGAAUGCUGAUGUGCUGGUGUCCCCACCAGGCUUUUAAACUAGCUUAACUAGCUUCAUCAGAAGACCAUGCUGGUCAAUAAGCUUCACCAUCAAGGUUUAGUUGGUGAAAAGCAUGGCUAUGCUGGUCCACCAGCUAAACCUGAACCAAAACAGCACUAACCAGCAUAAACCAGCCUAGACCAGCAUGGGAACUGCAUGCUGGUUAAGCUGGUCUUUUUAGCAGAGUGCCCAUCUGUGCUGUUUUUUAAUUGUUUUUCUAUGUAAAGCUGUGCUAGAUGGAAGCCUGUAACUGUUGCAAAAUCUUACACCAUCAGUGCCACGUUUUUAAGACAACAUGAUCACAUGGAAAGUCGACAUGCUGCUUCCGAAUUUUCAUGUAACCUGAAAUCAAUCCCAUUCUGCCAAAUUACUGACAAGCACCAUCCACUAUCAGAUAUUUUGCAUCAGUUAAAUGUCUGUACCUUUCUCUGUGAUGCUACUGAUAGCGUGUCACAUGAGCAAUCUUCCAGACAUGGGUUCUGGUCCCAUGUUAACCAGGAAGAAAUCGCUUUCACAUACAGUAAAUAAUGGUGAGUGCAAUUCGGAGGUUUGCAUUUUUACUCCACUGACAGUUAGGUUUAGGGUUGGGGUUUGGGUCCACCCUGUGGACUUUAUACCCAAGAACUGGUCAACAGUACUUCCAGCUUCGGCGAUUGGGGCAAAGUCCCUUUCAAGGCAAGUCAGUCCACUCAGCGGCCAUCUAUGGAACGCCCCCCAUCAGUUAUUUUUUAUAGAUACAAGCAACAAAAAAGUACAGCUCUAAUCUACUUGAAUGGGGAAAGAACGGAAUCUCUAAAACAGCUGGUCAAGAUUACGAUCAAUGAACAUAUUUCAAAUCAGCAGUUUAAUCUGACAACAGUGGUAUCAUAAAUUGUGCUUCUUUAGCAUAGAUCAUGCUGAAAAAAAUUAUAUUUUUAAGGCUGGUCCAGCUAAUGUGCAUUCUCAAGUUGAGUGACUGGUGAUGUCUGUAUCUAAAAGAUGAUUGGCUCUUUUACCUGUAGGGCGGGGCUUCCUUUUCUACAUCCGCUGUAUUGGGUGUUCCAGUUUCUCCCAUUUACUUUAAUACAAGUGGUCCAUUUAGCUUGGGCUAAACAGUCUUUGACUGGGGGCAGUAGUUUGAAUUUCAGUGAGCAAAGACUGAUUUCAGCCGCAGAAAUUUCGACAUACGGUUGGCGAAUUGAAAGUGUCAUCAGCUGGUGUUAAACACAAAAGUGCAUCCUGUGUGAAAAGCUCCUAAAUGAUCCCACUAUGGUUUUUUAGGGUUAUAUUUAGAGCUGUACCGAUACAGUCAUACAUUGCAAUCCUUUUUCCCAUAUUUCAUCGAAACCUAAGAUCCUUUUAUCAAUAUCUUUUAUUUAUUUCCUACAGUUCAAUAAAUGAAGAAGUAGUUUGUCAAAAUAAUCGCACACUCAGAAACAGGCAUUUCUCCUUGUGAUCAGAGGUGCUUCUGCAAAGCGCUGUACUGGACAAAAAUGAUGCGCAACGAGCAAGAGAGAUUGACUGUAAAUUCACACUCUUGCACAUUUGGUGCAGUAUCAAUCACGGUGCAAUGAUCCAGUGAUAUCAUGUGCAACCGUAAAAUAUUGUGCACAACAGUCUGGUUCUGGUAAAACUCCCAUUCAUUUUCUCCAUAGGGGAAUUGAUUAUUAAUGGUAAAAUAUAAACCUUUAAAGACAGACCAUGAGCUCUGAGGUUGUUAGUUGAUGGUAUAUGCUACUGGAAAAAUACUUCUGGAACCAAGGCGAUUGAAAAGCCGGUGGUCACUGUUGCACUCUAUAGCAUGGUUACCUUUGAGUCAGUGUGGUAUUUUUGAUAACAUCUAUGACUUUUUUACUUUUUACUUUUUUUGGUAGGCGCUUUUAUCCAGUGUUUCUUGCAAUGCAUUCAAAGUUUACAUUUUAUCCAUUUGAAUGUUCCCUGGAUAUCGAAGCCAUGACCUUGCCGUUGCUGGCAUCAUGCUCUACAAUUUGAACUUGUUUAAACUUGUACCAUUUACAGGAACUACUAUUUUCUUUCUUUUAUGUAUAUCCUCAUUAUCAUAUAAUGUACACAUAAUAUACAUUUUGCAACCUCACCAUGAUCUCAUAAACAUAAAUCUUCCUUACGUACAGAUGACAGUAUGUUUUGUUUAUUCCCACAGGGGAAAAACAUUUCUGUGACUUAAACAAUUUGUCACCAUGUUAAGUUACAGGGACAGUCCCACUGGUACAAUCUGUGGUUAAGUGGCUUGCUCAAGGGCAUAAUGGUGAUAGCUCAUGGAUCCCUUCUGUGGGUUCGAAUCUAACCCCUUGGCUACUUUUGUAUAUUGGUUUGGCUGUAGGCAGCUUUAUUUCUCCCAGAGCAUGCUGUGAUAACAUAUUAGCAGUCACUGAGCUCUUGAAGCUUUUUGAAGGCUUUGCACAGAGGCUCUUUAUUUCAUCACAGAUUUUGAGGGGUUUUGUUUUUAUUAGAUCCUUUCUGUAGCUGCAAGCUUUAGAUUCAAUCUCACUACAUCGCAAUUCAGUUUGCUUCUGAGUGGCAGCUGCUAUUGGAGGCAUCACUUCAAGGAUAUCUUAUACUUUGCAAUGCAAAUACCAUUAAAAGUGUAUCGGGCAGCUAUCUUUGUCCUGUGUGGUUGGGUGUAAUGACCAAGGUAUUUGAAAAAGGGGAAUUAGUCUAUUAAACAGGACUUAAUUGAGGUUCCAAAAAAUGUAAUCGAUUACUAACCCUCUCUUCUGUCAUCACCCACAAAACACACAUUCAUAUAUUCACACUCACAUCAGCUGUUUUAUUUAGUCAUCACUCAACAUUUCCUUUUAUUGCAAAGGUUUGAUUAAAUAAAAAACAAAACUGUACAGUGCAGUUCUCAACCUCCUCAACUGUAAUGCCAACUUCCUCUAGUUGACUGUCUUCAAUUUCAGUUUGACCUUCUGAAAGGGAUAGUUCACUCCAAAUUAGAAAUUCUGUCAUCAUUUACUCACCCUCAUGUUUUUUCAACCCUGUAUGUCUUUCUUCUAUGGAACACAAAAUGAGAUAUUAGGCAGUAUGAUACAGCCUCAGUCACCAUUCACUUUGAUUGCAUUUUUUUCCCUGACACAAUGAAAGUGAAAAGUGACUGAGGCUAAUAUUCUGUUUAACAUCUCAUUUUUUGUUCAACAGAUGGAAGAAAGAAAGUGAUUAGGGUUUUGAACAACAUGAGGGUGAGUAAAUGAUGACAGUAUUUAAAAAAAUGUUUAUACUCUGUAUUUUAUUUUAUUAUAUAAAUUGUUAUGAAAUAUAUAUACGUAUAUAUAUAUAUAUAUAUAGUGUCAAGAAAAAGUAUGUUAACCCUUUAGAAUGAGCUGGUUUUCUGCAUUAAUUGGUCAUGAAAUGUGAUCUCAUCUUCAUCAAAGUCUAGUAUAGACAAAAGUAUAGACAAACACAAUGUGCUUAAGCUAACAACACACAAACAGUUAUAAUCUUUCAUGUCUUUAUUGAACACAUCACAUUAAAAAUUCACAGUGCUGUGGAAAAUGUAAGUGAACCCUUGGAUUUAAUAACUGGUCAAUACUCCUUUGGCAGCAGCAAUAACUUCAUCUAAGCGUUUCCGGUAGCUGCUGAUUAGACCUGCACAAUGUUCAGAAAGAAUUUUGAACCAUUCUUCCUUACAGAACUGUUUCAGCUCAGCCAUAUUCUUAUGAUAUCUGGUGUGAACGGCUCUCUUGAGGUCAUUCCACAGCAUCUCUAUUAGGUUAAGGUCUGGGCUCUGACUGGGUCACUCCAAAAGGUGGAUUUUCUUUUUUUGAAGCCAUUCUGUAGUGGAUAUACUUCAAUGUUUCGGGUCAUUGUCUUGCUGCAUCAACCAACUUCUACUGAGCUACAGCUGGCGCACAGCCACCCUGACAUUAUCCUGUAGGGAUGCUCUUUGAGUAUUUUGUGGUGUGCCCUUGAGUCAUUUUGGCUGAACGGCCACUUCUAGGGAGAGUAGCCACAGAACUAAAUCAUCUCCAUUUAUAGAAGAUUUGUCUAACUGUAUAUAGAUGAAUAUCGAAGCUCUUUGAGAAAACUUUGCAGCCCUUUCCAGCUUGAUGCAAAGCAACCAUUCUUGAUCAUAGGCCUUCUGACACCGCUCAUGCUACUCUCCGUGAUCCACGCACAACUUACCACGUGCCCCAUUGAGAGCGAGAACCACUAUUCGUGACCACGAGGAGGUUACCCCAUGUGACUCUACCCUCCCUAGCAACCGGGCCAAUUUGGUUGCUUAGGAGACCUGGCUGGAGUCACUCAGCAUGUCCUGGAAUCGAACUCACGACUCCAGGGGUGGUAGUCAGCGUCAAUACUCGCUGAGCUACCCAGGCCCCCAUGUGUGUUAUUAGUUAAAACAGAUUGAGUUUGUUCAUUAUUGUAACUUAGAUGAAGAUCAAACCAGAUUUUAAGACAAAUGUAUACAUAAAUGCAGGUAAUUCCACAAGUUCACAUACUUAUUCUUUCCACUAUACAUAUACAUAUGUAUAUAUGUAUAGUGGCAGAGUUUUACUUCUCUGUUUCAGAUGGACUGUUUCUCUUACCUGCCUCAUUUUGUUCUUUGACAAAGUAUCAUUUGUCUAUUCAUAAGUGCUUCAUAAGUGACAUUAGCUCACUGCUCAUUAUUUUAGAGAAGUGAUUAUUACCUCAUAAUACUUGGAAAGUAAGCACUGGUUCUCCAAUGCGAAAUAAACAGGCUAUGUUUGGAAUAUCAUACUACCAUAUUACUCUUAAUAUUUCUGCAGUAUGUAGUAUGUAUACAUUGCAUAAUAUGCAUAGUACUGUGCAGAGUUCUGUAUCGCAAAAUGCAGUACACUGGACUUGACCUUAUUUUGCCACAAUUUUCAACUUUUUCUUGACAUAUUGUCAGACAUCACAUUUUUAAACUUAUUUUGUAUACUGUGCAGUAUUCAGUAAGCAGUACGCUAGUAUUAUAUUCUGAAUAUAGAGAUUGAACUGCACUAUGAUGUCAGAUUUUAUGUGUAAUAAGCACUUGUGAUUGGCUCAAUGGUGCUCUGGUGAUUAACAGAAAAGCUGAUAUAAAAUGACUCACUGGGGGUGUUAUAAACACAAAUACAAACACCACCAUGGUCUACUGUAAUAAGAUUAUACUCAUAAUUUUUUGGUCAAAUGGUGGUACGAAAUAACCAUAGUGAUGUUAAUGCAAUGAUAUGCACAAUUGUUGAUUGUGUAAAUGCUAAAUGUACAUUAUAAAUGUAUUCUCUUGCACAUAAAGUAUGAAGUGUAUUCUGUCAAAGGUAUUCGUAUGUGGUAUUAAAAAUAUAUUUGUAUUUGUACUAUGAUAGAUUCUGUAAACACAAUUGAACUGGUGUCGGUGGUGAAAUAAAGACAACAGUUGU